UCGGGAAUAGUAACUAACACUAAAUACCGUGCAUUGCUUCAUGAAUGUUUAUAUCUUACAGCAAAUAACGGAUGCCAUCAAAGUUUAUGUACUAUCUUUGAUUAAACUUUUAAAGGAAGGAUUGUUUUAUCUCUGAAAGAGCCUGAUUCUACCUUUAAACAGAAAACACAAAGCCUCACAAAAUAUCGACCAUAAAAUUUUAAUGAGCAAUUACAGGAACAAUAGGAAGUUCUGGAAAUUGGAAAUUACCACAAAUAUUGUUGGCAGAGAUUUACCAUGCUGGCAACGGUUCAUGUUUAGGGAAACACAUAAGAUAUCUGGAAUUCUAAAUUAAAUAAAGAUAUGAAGUAUUUACAUAGCUGUCCGUUUAAAGAAUCUUGUUCAUUUCAUUUGAGAACCGACAGGUGUUUACAAAGAUAAACAAUAUCUUCCACAUCUCGAUUGUUUACACAUGUUCUUCACGUAAAAUAUUAAACAAAAUGGAAUCCAGCGUUGAUGUCGUGGACAGGUUGAAUGUUUUCGUGUUUGGUGGAACAUUUUCUGAAAGACAAGAUUUAAUCCGAGUAACCUUAAGUGAAUACGAUAAAGGUCAUAUAAGUACAUCCUCCAACUCAAAGGACAAAAAUGAUACAACUGUGUUUGUUGAUGAGGAGGUUGAAAUUUAUACAUUACCUGUUAGCAAAAUAGCAAGUUGUGAAAUCUGGAAUUUUUCUGACAAAAAGCUAAGCCAAGGAAUAUCUCAACUAUUUAUAAACAAGUGUGCCAUUGUUAUCAUCAUCGUUGAUAAUGCAGACUUUAAAGCAACGGAAAAGAUUGCCAGACUAUGGAGAAAUUUUGCUUUCAAGGGUAUUCAACAUGUUAUUAUAGCAAAUAUAUCAUCAAUUGUAACGAGCGAUGUCGUACAGCAGACAGUGCAGAUCUUUGAAGCUCUUGAUGAAAGUCUUAACACAUUCAAGCAAAGUCAAUCCCAAGUUAAAGAAACUCCAAGAAAUUACCACAAAUUACAUACUGCUGAAGAAAAGGGGUUUCUGACAAUAUUAACAACUCUUUUAAAAGAAGAAAAAGACAAAGUGAUUACAGAAAUAGACGAUCUUACAAGAAUAAAAAAUACUGUACUCAAACAAAGAAAGGAUGUCGUGUUCAGUUCUAUACAUGAAUAUCAAAAUAUUGUGGCACUAGUGAACAUUGGAAAUACGUUGAACCAUUUAACCGCAAAGGGAAUAAUACUCAGUCAUGGAUGUUACCAUCACGGAGGUGAAUUCAUCUGCGUGAAUCCGCAGCUGUUUCUUAAACUUGUCUAUGCUAUUCAUGUUGACAGCUGUAACAAGACAUUUCAUAUUGCACCAAACAGAUUCUGGCAUCAAGACAGACCAGACAGGGAAUCUUUGGUCAAAGUUUUAGAAGACAUUCCAAUUAAUGGAUUACUUCGACAAUGUCUAUUACCACUACUAUGGCAGGACUUGUUGUCUAAUAAAGAACAAAUUCUACUGGUAUCUACUGAGAUGGAAAGAUUUGGCCUUCUGAUGCCCUAUAAAAAGAUGUCCAUGUUUAGUGAUGUAAUCAGUUUAAUGGAUUAUCCCCAAUUGUCAUCAGUCGACCAAAUGUCUCUCUUAUUGAUGGGGAAAAUGAAAGACUUAAAACCGUCCUUAAACUGGUAUGAAGACCUACAGACAUCUGAUAUACAACUGAACCUGAAAGUAUCAUUUCCUCAGGGAUUACCACCAGGAUGUUUAGAAAGAUAUAUUGGUGCUGUAUAUUUUGUUUAUAAAUAUGUAAAUAAUUACUAUUAUGGAUGGAGGUCUGGCAUAUUACUACGUAUUAAUGAUGUUUAUAUCUAUAUAUCAACACAGAAUGAGUCUUUAGAGUAUUUUGUCCGAACAGAUAUUGAUUUAUAUCCUAGUUUUGAAGAAGCAUGUAAAAAACUUUGGAUGACUGUUGGUUUAGCACUGGAUUGUUUUUUAAAUCACGUUUCAAUUUGGCCAGAACUUAAUUAUCAGGUAUACCUGUCUGCUGAUGGAGAACAAUUUCGAUCAAGCAGUGUAAUUGGUGCAUGUUCCUUGCCCUCCAUGUUGACAAAAAGAUACAAUAGGAAAGAUAACACGGAAGAAGAAUUAGAAACGAAGGUUAAAUUAUUGUUUCCAUUUCAAGAUUUUGAAGUUACAGAUGAAAAAGAUGUAAUUCAACAAUGGACACUUUAUUUAAAAAGAGAAACAGGGAGGUCAUUGGAAAUAGAUAUAAAAGAAACACAGCCGGCUGUAGAAUUAGAAAUGAUAAAACCAAAAACAAGUAUAAAGAAAAACAAGCGUAAAGAUAUUACUUGGGAUAUAAAGACCGCUGAUAAACAUACUAGCUCGAGUACAGAAAGGAUACCUUCACAAUCGAAUAUUAAACCAGUCAAAUGUAGUACAAACGAUGCUUAUCUACCAUUGAGAAUAGAUAAACCUACAGUUAAACAAAAGUCUACGAAAACAGAGGAUGUAGCAAAAACUUCAACUGAGCCCACAUAUGAUAAUAACAUAGGACGUUGUAAAGUAGAUGUUGAAAUGGAUAUUCAGAAGGUGGUUGGAUCAUUUGUUGCGACUAUCUUAGCUACAGCUGUGGCUGCUUAUAUAGGAGAAGAAAGUGGUAGACGAGGAAAAUGGACAACGUACCAGGCAUCAGUUGCAUCAGAAAUGGCAGAAGCUAUCAUGUUUGUUAAUUCAAAUGACGUCAUGGCCGCAGCAAACACAAUUAUAAACACCGUAGAAAAAGCUGAAAAACCAGACUCUUCCAAUACACGUCAAUGUUGUCUAGAUGGAUCUUUAUGUUACUGUGGGCAUAACAAAGAUCAUAAGGAACAGAGUAGUAAAUUCAGUUCAAUUUGUACACUAUUGUAAAUUAGAUUACAUUAUAUAAAUGAUUUGUUUGAACAAACAUUUCAGCGACAGAAGCCGAUUUUCACAUGCCUAUCUUAUGUAAAUAAUUGCAAUAUACGACACACAGAACAUUGCUUUUGUUGCCGGAAAGUCAUUUUUUGUCAUAGUGUGAAUCAAAAGUAAAGUCUCAUAAUGUACUAUUUGCCACAAAGACCAAGAGUUAAUAAUAUAAAUAUUGUCUACUCUACUUCAACUUCGUUUAAGUUUAGACUUUUAGUAUAUUAAAAUGUAUUUUUCUGGUAUACUAGUAUAACAUAAUUGUUUUUAUCAAGUUAUGAAUAGUUUUAUGCAAUUUCAAUACUGUCUUGAUGUAUAUAAAUAUUGAAUAAAGAAAAAUGCACUGGU